AUGCCGACAGCAGAAUGCGCAUAUCUGCAGGAAAUAUUCAUUGGAUUGGAUCCCGUGGUGGUAAACCAAGUGAAGACCAUGGUCUCUUCGGGCAAACACAAGAUUUCCAAGACGGACAUGACAUCGGAAGACCUGGAUGCAGUGAUGGAUGGCAGAUGGUUGAAAGGAGACAUCAUAGAUGCAUUUUUGUGCGUCAUCGAGGCACGACAGGCAUCAGGAAUCAGGGUGCACUGCUGUGGGACAUACUUGUACACCAAAUUGAUUCAGGAAAUCGCCCACUCUGGAGAUGCAGAUAAGGUGCGCGAACAAAGUGACGUGCCGGUGAUGAUUGGAGUAUGCCAGAUCACAUCCUUGCAGGAUGGAAGGUUAUAUGACUCUAUGAAAGUCAUGCACAAGGAUUGUACCAAGGACAUAGAAAGUUUUGUGGUAAUGGAAUGGCAGCGUCAAAUGAAUGAAGCUGAAUCUACCGGAAACCAGCUAUUGGCAGCAUGGAUGAAACUGAAACUGAGUGUUGAGUGGAAACAUGAGUACUCGUUUACGUCAGAUAAGGUACCGCAACAGUCAGACGGAUCGUCGUGCGGAGUAUUUGUAUGUGCGAUAGCGGAUUGUAUAGCAUCGGGCCGCAACCCAGCGACGAGUUUUUGUCAGAAGGAUAUACCUAACAUUCGCAUGCGAAUAGGCAGUCUGCUGAGAGAAGUGUAUCGUAGCGGUGGCGGUGCAAAGUCAAUCAUGUCGGAUGCUCCAAUGGAUCCUUCUCCUUCAGGAGGAAACUCAGCUCUUCUAUUCCUGACAAGUCCCAUCCUCAAGUUUCUUGUGGAUCGUCAGCAAGCUGAUCAAGCCAAUACCCACCAAAGCCAAGAGGAUAAAAAGAUAGUGUUCUGGCCUUUUGCAGUGGCUGGUGGUGUGCUCUUUGGCCUUGGAAUCUACGGCAAGCAGAAGCCCCGAGGACAUGCUUUUAUGAGCGGAAAGAUCAAUUCUUCAGCAGCCGAAAGCGAAGCUCCGGUCGCUAGCCACAAGAAACUGAACUUCCAGUCCAAACUUGCUGAAAAGCCGAUUAGUCCUGAAAACCGUCGGUUGGCUCUCCGAACAGCCUCUGCCGCGCUUGGUCUUGGCACCCUCCUCGCUUGUAGUGGCGCAUUUGUCUGUGUCAAGCUCACGUACUGGUACCUUGGCAUCAAUAAUGCACAGGAUUUUGCCGCAUACAUGCGAAGCCGUCUGCCGUCUCAGCUAGGACAAGUAACAUCAUACACGAAGAUAGUGGAGAAGAAAGAGUCCCUCACUACCUGGUUCAGAGAAGAGCUAGGAAUGGGAAAGUAUCUGGAUGAUAAAGAAUGUCAGAGGAGAGUCAAUGAAGCAAAGGCCAUACAUAAAAAGGGGCUCAUCACUGAGCGAGAACUGGAGAUUGAGAUAUCAAAAAUCAUGUUGAAGCAGGAUGCAUGA